AUGGCUGGACACAGGCGUAAUGAUGCGCUUAUGUGCCUUAUUUUCCCUUCUAGUUUAGGCGAACUGGACUUGAAAUGGUUUGAGAGACUCCCAGAAGAGAGCAUCGAGAGGUGGCAGCAGUUGACGGAAGCAUUCGUGACCCGUUUCAAAACUAACACCAAAACGCCAAAGGAAGUGGACUACCUUCUGAGUGUCAAGAUGGAGUCGAGUGACACCCUUAAGGCAUACAACUCUAGGUACUGGGAAACCUUCAACGCAAUCCUAGAUUGCCCGAUCAACCUGGCAAUCACCCAAUAUAAACGCGGUCUCUCGGUCGGGCAUAGGCUGAAGGACUCGCUUACAAUGAACCAGCCGGCGUCCAUGGGGCAACUAAUGCAACGCAUCAAUGAGCACCUCCGAGUAGAGGAUGAUGCAGCGACAUCCACUGUGAAGACAAAUCUGGUGGUAACAGACAAAAGGGCAGCUGACAAGGUGUACGCGGUCGGAUAUGAGACUAACAGUCCAAAUGACUGCACUGGGAAAUCUGACCGUAGAUCGAAUCAUAGAAAUCGGGGUAGAGGUGGUAGCGUUAACCUAUCACCAGGUUAUGAGAUUCCCUUGGCUAUGGGGGAAGUUGAGGAAAUUUGGGGCGAUCAAGUCAUGUUGAAGCAAUGUUUCGUGGCAGUGAACGGGAGUCGAGCUGCCAAAGGCUUCGUCUAA